AUUCCAUUCAUUGAUAUGUCUAAACCAGUUCCGCCGCCAGAAUAUUAUCCUCCCCCUGGGCAACAACCAGGACAAUAUGCUCCCCCUGGGCAACAACCAGGACAAUAUCCUCCCCCUGGGCAACAACCAGGACAAUAUUCCCUCCCUGGGCAACAACCAGGACAAUAUCCUCCCCCUGGGCAACAAUCAGGACAAUAUCCUCCCCCUGGGCAACAGGGAGGUGGCUACCCGAGCGCCAAUUACGGACCACCACCCCAAGGGAAUUAUGGGCAGUAUCAACCUUCAUUGGAUCCACAACACGUAGUCCUUAGCAGCCAACCACAACCUAUGACCAACACCGUAGUGGUGCAGUCUCCAAUGGUUCGGCCAAGCAGUUACUUGAUCCUUGCUAUUUUCACAACUAUUUGCUGCAAUCCUAUCUUUGGAAUCGUUGCAAUAAUAUUCUCUGUGAUGUCAUCAUCGAGUGCAGAUAAUGGAGACCUAGAAGAAGCUGUAAAUAUACCUGCCGUUCUCGUCUCCCUCGCUGAGAUGCAAGUCGUUGCUUCUACAAAGAAAUGA